CUUGUCUUUUCUUUCUUUUUUAUUUUUGUUGUUUGUUUUUUGUUUCAAGUCUUCAUCUUUUCCAUUCUCCAUCUCUGCCAUUUACUUUUUCUCUCGCUUGGCCGUCGAUUUCCUCUGGCUGCUUGUCCAAAACUGAUGCAAAAAUGCAUAAUAUUCGUCACGUGAUAUCCCGUCUUUCAUCUUCAAAGAAACCCAUACCCUUUGCAAAUGAGCCAUUUCGAGCCAUUGUGCAACGUGCUUUUUCUGUAAACUCAGGCGGUUCCGAUGAUCUAGGCUGGGACAGUGCUUCCUCGUGGUCCACUGGCUUGACCAAGGACCAUUUCGACGGACAGGUCGAGGGUGGCCGGGCGGCUAGUGGAGAUGCCUAUCAAUCCGCGGUGAUUUCGGAUCUUCAAAAACAAGAUGAUGCAUUGAAAGAGUUGGAGGCCGAGAAUAAGAAGAGUCGGGCUUUCCUGGAUGGAUGGGAACAGCGAAUGCGUGACAUGGGAGUGUUGUUAAAACAAGUGCUUGAGCCUGGUGCCAGAGGAUCCUAUCUUAAAGACUCCGAAAAGGCUCAAAUGUACCGUUUGCAUAAACAGAAUCCCGAGGUUUAUACAGUUGAGAAAUUGGCUAAGGAUUUUAGGAUUAUGAGACAGAGAGUGGAAGCUAUUCUUUGGCUUAAGAAAGAUGAGGAGGAAAUGGAGAAAAAGCUUGGUCAUCCUCUUGACGACUCUGUUGAGCUCCUUCUUGACACUUGCCCUGAAUUUUUUAUUUCCCAUGAUCGGGAAUUCCAUGUAGCAUCCCUUCCUUACAAACCUGACUUCAAAGUUAUGCCUGAGGGUUGGGAUGGCACCAUCAAGGAUCUAGAUGAAGUUCAUUAUGAGAUCUCCAAGAAAGAGGAUGAAAUGCUGUAUCAAGAAUUUGUUCAGAGGAUGAACUUCAACAAAAUGAAGAUAGCUGGUGAGGUGAAGCGCCACAAGUAUAGUAGGAGGCGCUCCUCUGAGGGUUGGAAUUUCACAGUAGAGAAACUGGGAUCAAAAGGAAAGCGUGGAGGUGGUGGCGGGUGGAAGUUUGUAAGUUUGCCAGAUGGAUCAAGUCGACCACUUAAUGAAAUGGAGAAAAUGUACGUAAGACGAGAGACACCACGCCGCAGACGUAGGAUUCUCCCAUGAUGGCUAAGCCUCUGUUUUGCUUCCUGUAAGGAUUUUGUGGUAGUUCUUGACAUCUUGUGCUUGCAUGGUUUGGAGUCUGAGCUGCUGUCAUCUUCAUAACCAAAAGGAGUGGGAAAAUUUGUAUCUUUCUUUAGCAUCUUUUGGGAGCAAAUAUUCCUCUAAGCUACUUUUGAAGUUUAGUUUGAGGCGUGUUUCUGAGCUAUUAAUCUGCUCACCAUGUUUAUCAUAGGGGAAUAGAUGGUAUUUUCAUCAGGCAGUAUUUCAGGAUAUGAAUUUUGCUCUGUUGAGCCUUUUCCAUGGCAUCAUUGCCAUUUCCCAAUAAUUAAAGUGGCUUUGGACUAAAUUUGAGUAGCCCUUACGAGCCUCGUGUAUAAGACAUACUUGUUUGCACA